GCCGCAAAGCCAGAGGAGGGCGGGAGGAGGAGGAGGCUAGGGGGUGAUCAGGGGGGCAGGCGGUCCUGCUGGCAGAGGUCUCUCGGGCUCCUGACAGACGGCUGACUGACGGCGGCCUCGCGCCCGACGCUGGGAGCUGCGGACUGGGCGGCGCGGAGAGAGCGGCCAUGGCCUCGGGUGGGUAUAAUCCAUAUAUAGAGAUAAUUGAACAACCCAGGCAGAGGGGAAUGCGUUUCAGAUACAAAUGUGAAGGGCGAUCUGCAGGCAGCAUUCCAGGGGAGCACAACACAGAGGACAACCGAACAUACCCGUCUAUCCAGAUUAUGAACUAUUAUGGAAAGGGAAAAGUGAGAAUUACAUUAGUAACAAAGAAUGACCCAUAUAAACCUCACCCUCAUGACUUAGUUGGAAAAGACUGCAGAGAUGGCUACUAUGAAGCAGAAUUUGGACAAGAACGUAGACCUCUGUUUUUUCAAAAUUUAGGUAUUCGAUGUGUAAAGAAAAAAGAAGUAAAGGAAGCUGUUAUUUCAAGAAUAAGUGCAGGAAUAAAUCCUUUCAAUGUUCCUGAACAACAGCUGCUUGAUAUUGAAGAUUGCGACCUCAAUGUAGUCAGACUGUGCUUUCAAGUUUUUCUCCCUGAUGAACAUGGCAAUUUGACAACUGCGCUACCUCCUGUUGUCUCUAAUCCAAUUUAUGACAACCGUGCUCCAAAUACUGCAGAAUUAAGAAUUUGUCGUGUAAACAAGAACUGUGGAAGUGUCAGGGGAGGAGAUGAAAUAUUUUUACUUUGUGACAAAGUUCAGAAAGAUGAUAUAGAAGUUCGUUUUGUGUUGAAUGAUUGGGAAGCUAAAGGUAUCUUUUCACAAGCUGAUGUACACCGUCAAGUAGCUAUUGUUUUCAAGACUCCUCCAUAUUGCAAAGCUAUAACAGAACCAGUAACAGUAAAUAUGCAGCUGCGGAGACCUUCUGACCAGGAAGUUAGUGAACCUAUGGAUUUUAGAUAUGUGCCAGAUGAAAAAGAUACUUAUGGGAAUAAGUCAAAGAAACAAAGAACAAUUCCAUUUUUCCAGAAAAUUUGGCAAGAUUCUGUUAAUUUUCCAGAGAGACUAAGACCUGGCCACCUGGGGUCAAAUGGAGAAGGAAGACUCAUCAAAAAAGAAUCAAAUUUGUUUCCUCAUGGUACACUUAUUCCAGACAUGCCCAGGCCUUCAGGGGUUUCAAGUCAAGCAGAACCCUACUAUCCCUCACCAGUGUCCAUCUCAGGUGGAUUGUCUCAUCACACUUCAGCCAUGUCCUCAAUGGUUUCUUCAAGCUGGUCGUCAGUGCCCCACCCAGCCUCACGCUCAUUGAAUAGUUUUUCAACGGGAACACUUUCUUCUAAUUCGCAGAGCAUCCCACCAUUCUUGGCAAUGCCUCAUGAGAGUGACUUAAAUGCUUCAAAUUCUUGUAUUUAUAACAGUACCGAUGACCUAGGCAGAAUGGAAACCUCUUCCAUGUCACCGGCUCACUUAUAUGGUAUUUCUGAUGCCACCAUGCUGCCUAAUAUGAUGACAGCCAGUAGUGACAGAAUGGAGGAGACAGAUAACUCCAGACUUGUGAGCAUGAAUCUUGAAAACCCCUCCUGUAAUUCAGUGUUAGGCCCAAGAGACUUAAGACAGCUCCAUCAGAUGUCAUCUUCCAGUAUAUCAGUAGGCACCAAUUCCAGUACUACAGUUUUUGUUUCACAGUCAGAUGCAUUUGAGCGAUCUGACUUUAAUUGUGCAGAUAACAGCCUGAUAAAUGAGCCAGGACCAUCAAAUGGUACUAAUCCAAACAGCCACAGUUUUCAAAAUGCUCAGUAUUCAAAUAUUGGUAAUACGCAGAAUGAGCAAUUGAGCGAAUCCUUUGCAUAUGACUUUUUUUAAGUUCAAUUUUUAAGAUUUAAAUCCUUUAAAAUGUUUGUGAUCAUUUUGGUAUUACCUAUAUAGAUGCAGCAUUUUGUAUUUGUAUAACCAAAACUGUAACAUGACAUUGUUCCUAUUGUUGAAACUUCUUUUUCAUAGAAGUAUCAAACUUUAGAUGUAUGUAGAACACAAACUUUGGAUGUAUAUAGAAUGCAAAAACUGGAAGUUGUUAUAAAAAGAAAAUUCAAGAUAAACGUGGUGGUGCAUACCUCUAACCCUAGUGCUGAAGAAGCUGGGGGAGAGGAUCAUGAGAUCAAGGCUAGCCUGGGCUUAUUUGUGAGAUCUGUCUCAAAAAACAAAAUGAAAACAAAAAAGAAAGAGAGAUUUUCUUUUUUCUUUCUGUUUCUUCUCUUGAAAGAUCUGACCUGAUUGUGUAGUGUGAAUUCUAUCUUCAGAGUUCUACUGCAUUUCCCUAGGAAAGACUCUAAGGAGAACAUUAAAGCAGGAAAAGUUUUUUCUAAUUUUAUAUUUCUUUUAUAACAUAUUAAUGUAUGGUUAAAUGAACUGAUAUUUGCUUUCAAGCAAAUUUAAGGGAAAACGUGUAAUGGCUAUGCCAUUGGAAAAAUAAAUUACUUUUUUUUUGAGGCCUGUGCACCCCUAAGGGGUUUUCUGAGGCUUCUUGGAAUUUCUCAGAUUUAUGUAUAAAUCAAAAUUUCUUUGAAACUGUUAAGUUGUGCUGAAGGCAGUUGAAGUGAGCUUUCAAGGUAUGGGAGGGUUCCUCCAUGUUAUACUAUCUAAAUCUGUAUCUUUAAAGUUGCAUAAGCAACUUUAGCUUCACACCCAUAUUUUCAAGACAAAGAAGCUUCUUUGCACCUCUUAGGUUUUCUCACUUCCUGUUGUCUCAUACAACUGCCUGUUUGACAUCUAGAAAUCUAAUUAAAACUCAAAUUCAAUAUAUCCAAACCUAAUUUUUUGGUCUUUCCUCCCAAACUUGCUUCUCCUUCAGUCUUCUCUAACUCAGUAAAUGGCAAUGCCAUGCUUCUAAUUGCUCAGACCAAAAAAUCUUGGCAUCAUCCUUGAUUCUUUUAUCUCCCAUAUCCAAUUCAUUGGAAAGAAUUCAUCUUAAGUGAAAGGUUUACACUUUUAUACCUUUGAGCCUGCAACAGGGAGGGUCUUGCUAAUUCCUGACAUGCCCUCAAGGUAUAUUUCUUCUUGUCCCAGUUCAAAGACCUUGAUUUCUUUUUAAUUGUGCUAAUCUCACCAGGAAUCAUACUUCUUUGGCACCAACUUUAUAAAUGGUUCUUCUCAGACCCAGAGUUUUGCAGAUAUUUCAGCUCUGCUUUUUGCUUCAAGUUUUCACUUACAGAUCUGGCAAAAAUUAGUCAGCAAUAUUCAUACCACUGCCUCAACAUUGGGCUGCCUUGAAAUUUCCUCUACCAGAUCAGUUAGUCUGCCCUCAAUUUCAGCCUCCUCAGGAUAUGAGCAGAAUAUAGACUUUUUUUUUUAUUGCCAGAGUAUAAUAUGUAUAACCUUUCAUUUAGUUUUCAAGAGGCCUUGUUCCUGUCUGUAACCACAUGGGCACAGCCUUAACUGUCUACAUUCCUAUUAGCAUUCUGAUCUGAGGUCUGACUAGAAUCAUCCAUCAGGCUUUGCUUAAAGUAAUCCAGUGCUUCUCUAACUCACAUCCUCAAAUCUUUCUAAACUCAUCCACCAGUUCAAAAGACUUUUGAAGCACAGGAUCAGAUAUAGUCACAGCAACAACCCUAUUUCUGAACUACCAGUAUUCUGUAUUGGUCACUUUCCUAUUGUAGAUUUAUUUGGCUCAUGGUUUCAGAGGACUCAGUUCAUGAUCAGCUAUUUCCAAGGCAGGAACAUCAUGGCAGAACGGCAUAGUCAGGCAAAGUUGCUUAGUUCAUGGCAAUUGGGAAUCAAAGCACCAAGAAAAAAUAUCAGCGAGAAAGAGGCCAGAGAUCAGGUAUAGUCCUCAAGGUAACACCUCCAUGACCCACCCAGAUAUACUCAGAAAUGUGCUUUACUCAUCUCAGGUGAUUGCCAAGCCAGUCAAGUUGACAAGUUUAACUGUCACACUGAUUAGGCCUACCUUGACUAAGUUUUACCAUUCCGUGUUCCUCCUCAUUGCUAUACAUGUAUAGCACUCGCCAUGAUCUGAUUUGACUUAAUAUUUAUUUAUUAUGUGUAUCCUUUACUGCAAUAUAAGCUUCAUGAGGGCAGACAUUCUUGUGUUUUGUUUACUAUCAAAUCUCCAGUUUGUAGAACAGUGUCUGCCUCGUGUUAAGCACUCUGUAAAUAUUUAUUAAACAUUCAAAUUAU